AGCAGGAAACACCGAGGUUACCACGGCGGCAGUGGAAAAAGAAGGAGCUCCCGUCCCCCGUCGGAGUGUCGAGUUGGAGCUCAGUUGUGAUUUCCUCUCAGCGAGAGACGCUGUCGCUUUGGAUUCUGGGAGUUACGUUGCUCGCUUACAGCCCGGUCACAUUUUUGUUUCUCCCCCCACCCGACUUUUUGAGGGAUAAGAGCUUCAGCCAACUCACUAAAUCACCCGACAGUGACCGGGGGUUGGCAUCUUAUCCAGUGGCGGAGAACCGGAGACUUCAUCUGAGCAACGGCUGUUUUGGAGCCAGCGAGCGUCAGUGGGCCCCUCAGGCUCCCCGCUGGUGCUGAGGCAGCAUGAAGAGGUUCAGGAGACACGGCCAGGAGUCCCAGAGGGAUCGACUCAAGCAGGAGCUCUUCCAGUUCAACAAGACCGUGGAGCAUGGGUUCCCCCACCAGCCCAGCGCUCUGGGCUACAGCCCCUCCCUCCAGCUGCUGGCCAUCGGCACUCGCUCCGGGGCCAUCAAACUAUACGGAGCUCCCGGUGUCGAGUUCAUGGGCCUCCAUGACGAGAACGCUGCCGUGACUCAAGUGCACUUCCUCCCCCACCAGGUAGAACUGGUGACCCUGCUGGAUGACAACAGUCUGCACAUGUGGACUUUAAAAGCCCACAAGGGACUCUCUGAACUCCUGGAGAUAGGACGCUUCACCCUCACUGGACCACCUGGUGCCCCUCCCAGUGUGACCAGAGUGACCGCCGUGCUGGCUCACUCCUCGGGGGAGCUGCUGCUGCUGGGCACCGAAGGAGGACACGUCUUCAUCGUGGAGGUCCCGGGCUUCAGGGAGCUGGAAGAGAGGAACAUCAGUCUGGACCAAGUGGCCAGCAGCGUGCCGGACGACUACAUCGGCCGGCGGAACCUGGAACACGUAGAGACCUUGCAGGAGAACCCGGUGGAUCCCAACCUGAUCGUGAUCGGCUACGGCCGAGGCCUCAUGGUCAUCUGGAACCUGGAGAAGCAAAAGGCCGUCCAGCACAUCCCCGCCACGCAGCAACUGGAGAGCAUGUGGUGGACAGAAGACGGAGGCCACCUUCUCAGCUCGCACAGCGAUGGGAGCUACUGCCGCUGGAUGGCCGGCGGCGAGGAUGUGAACGAGGAGGAGAAGUCGGACAUUCCUUAUGGACAUUUCCCCUGCAAGGCCAUUUCUAAAAUAAUUCAGCUACCGACUGAAACGGGGCCUCCGUUUCUGCUGUUCAGCGGCGGCAUGCCCAGGGCCAGCUACGGGGACCGACACUGCAUCACGGUGAUCCACAGUAAAAUACACGUGGCUCUGGACUUCACCUCCCGGAUCAUCGACUUCUUUACCAUCAGGGGCGGACCGCAGCACACGGGAGACCCCAGUGCGCUGGUGGUGCUGGUGGAGGAGGAGCUGGUGGUGAUCGACCUGCAGACGGAGGGCUGGCCCGUCAUCCAGACGCCGUACCUGGUUCCCCUCCACAGCUCCGCCAUCACCUGCUCCCACCACGUCUCCGCCAUCCCCCUCAAGCUGUGGGAGCGGGUCCUCGCCGCCGGAGACCUGCAGAGCACGCACUACUCCAAAAAGCCGUGGCCAAUAACGGGAGGCCAGAACCUGGCCCCCGACCCCCCACAGAGAGACCUGCUGCUCACAGGGCACGAAGACGGGACGGUGCGGUUCUGGGACGCAUCCGGAGUCUGUCUGUACCCCAUGUACAAGUUAAGCACAUCUGGAGUGUUCCACACGGACACCGACCCCAAUGACAACAUGAACCAGGGCACCGAAGGAGAGUGGCCACCAUUCAGAAAGGUCGGCUGUUUUGACCCCUACAGCGACGACCCCCGGCUCGGCAUCCAGAAGAUCCACCUCUGCAAAUACAGCGGCUACCUGACGGUGGCUGGCACGGCGGGACAGAUCCUGGUGCUGGAGCUGAACGACGAGGCGGCGGAGCAGACGGUGGAGGCCAAAGUUGUGGAUCUGCUGCAGGGCCAGGAGGGCUUCCGCUGGAAGGGCCACACUCAGCUGGACGUGCGACAGGAGCCGGUGCUGUUCCCGCCGGGCUUCCAGCCCUUCGCUCUGGUCCAGUGCCAGCCCCCCGCCGUGGUCACCGCCCUCACGCUGCACUCUGAGUGGAAGCUGGUGGCCUUCGGCACGAGCCACGGCUUCGGCCUCUACGACUACCAGCAGAAGAACAACGUCCUCGUCCGGUGCACCUUGAACCCCAGUGACCAGCUGGCCAUGGAGGGCCCUCUGUCCAGGGUGAAGAGCAUCAAGAAGUCCCUCCGGCAGUCCUUCAGGAGAAUCCGGCGCAGCCGCGUCUCGCUAAGGAAACAUCACGUCAACAACGCCGCCAAGCUCCAGGACGCCAACGCUCGUCUGGAGGCGGAGCUUGCGGAGAUGGAGCUGGCUCCGGUCCAGAGGAAGAUCGAGGCGCGCUCCUCGGACGACUCGUUCACCGGCCUCGUGCGGACCAUCUACUUCGCCGACAGCUUCCUCUCCGACAGUUCACACAACACGCCCUCCCUCUGGGCGGGGACCAAUGGCGGCUGCGUGUUUGCGUACAUGCUCCGCCUCCCCGCUGUGGAGCGCCGAGCGGACGAACCGGUGACAGCUGCGCCGGGUAAAAACCCCCAGGGAAUUUUGGGGGGUGGAGGGGGAGAGAUGUCGACUUCUUCCUCGCGUUGUAACGUUCUUCUUCCUCCCCUUGUUCCAGCCAAGGAGAUCCAGCUCAUGCACCGGGCCCCCGUCGUUGGCAUUGUGGUGCUGGACGGCCACGGGGCCCCUCUGCCCGAGCCGCUCGAGGUGGCCCACGACCUGGCCCGCUCCCCCGACAUGCAGGGCUCACACCACCUGGUGGUCAUAUCGGAGGAGCAGUUUAAGGUCUUCACGCUGCCGAAGGUGAGCGCCAAGACGAAGCUGAAGCUGACGGCCGUGGACGGCUCUCGGGUGCGGCGGGUGGGCGUGGCCUGGUUCGGCAGCAGCCGGUCGGAGGACUACGGCGAGAGCGGCCUGGUGGUGCUCACCAACCAGGGCGACGUGCACGUGGUGUCGCUGCCCGGCGUCAAGAUGCAGGUGCACUACCCCUGUGUCCGCAGGGAGGACGUCAGCGGCAUCGCCUCCUGUGUGUUCACCAAGCACGGCCAGGGCUUCUACCUGAUCUCUCCAUCGGAGUUCGAGCGGUUCUCCGUGUCGGCCCGGUACCUGGUGGAGCCGCGCUGCCUGGUGGAGGUUCCCGUUCGUACCGGCGCCGCCACCCAGCGCCGGCCACCGCCCGACGGAGUCCCACCCGCUCACAGACUCCCCUCAGCCGACGGCGAGGCUGCAGAAAGUGCCGCUAGACGUGUUAUGGAGCAUGCUCUGCUGAAUGACGAGAAAGUGCUUCAGGAGAUCCAGGAGUCGCUAGAAGGAGAGCAGACGUCGCUCCUGGAGAAUAAUGUGAAGAACGCUGUAGCCUAGAGUCUCAGGACGUCGAGAGCGACCCGACGUGUCUGAAGCGCCGCCCCGGAGCGCCGCCCGCCUCCCGCUCGGCCAACGCAACCCACUACUGACCCCGCCCCCUCGCCUCAGUGACUGACCUCCGCACUCUCAAGCUCCCACGCGACCCCCCCCACCCUCUAGUGGAGAGACGGUGUAAAGGCUCGCUCACGGUGCAGACAUCGGGGGGGAGGGGCAGUCUCCACCUGUGCCUAACAGACUGUACGCAGCGCGGUCACACCGCCGCGCUCACCACUCGAGCCGCGCGACGCUCACUUCCUGACAUGUGACCAGCGCCGCGACUCAUCACCAACGCCAGGAUGGACCCGGAGACGCCACGCGCCCACGCCGCCUUCAUCACCAGCAGCCUUCUCACGUGGCAGCGGCUCGGCCAAUCACAUCGCUCUCUGGCCUCUAUCGCCACACAUGGACAUCGAGCUGGAAGGAGUGUGUGUGAAUGGGGGGGGAGGGGAUUUUAAUAAUGUUGAUGACAAUAUUUCAUAGCUUGAAUUUUACGUGAUUUGUGCCUAAUUUUUUAUUUUUAAAAACUCUGAUUUUAAUGCUGUGGAAGCUCAUUUCAACUGAAACAUAAGAAAAAAUGAUUAACUUAUCUUCUAAAGUGUCAAAAUAAUAUACAAGGUCAAUAUUAUGAGAUACUUAGAAUUAUGAUGGAUGACUUUAAUUUAUUUAGAUGGUAAAUCAAGUCUGGAGUUAUCACAAGUAAAAAUUAUGAUACAACCUCAAAAAAGAUAUAACUUAUAUUAUUAAACUAAAGAGCCAUAAUCAGUCAAAAUAAGUCAUUUUGAUUUAGUCUUGUUUUGACUUGGCAUUUUUACACUAUUGUUUAUUUUGACUAUCAAAUCUCAAGCUUAUACAAACUACAACAUUUUACUUAUGAUCAUAAUUCAGACUAAAGUCAAAACAUUUACCUACUAUCCUAUACAUUUGACUUAAUCUAUCUUAAUUAAUUAAUUGGGCCAAGUUUUUUAACCCAACCCAUUUUCCACUGAAGUGUUAUUUCAUAACUUUAGCACAAUCAGAGUUGUAACUCUGCGUGCCUGGUUUUAUUUGGUAACUCUGGGUGUGAAUGAGCUUCCACAGAGUUCAGUUUGACUAUCGAGGGAAACGCGAUCAGCAGAGGCCAGAAGUGGAAGAAGAAAAAAAAAAGAAGAUUGUUUUCCGUACGCGGUGUGAACGUGUUUGUGACUUUUCAGUCGUGACCCGGUGACGUCACCGCGACCCUCCCGUCCGUUGUCACCUGCCAUAGGUACUCCUCCACUAGCAGAGCUCACAGGGCUGUAUUGGUUUCUAUGGGGGUUUGGGGUUUAAUGAUUUUUUUUUUAAUGUAAACCAUUUUUAUAUGCCAGCAAUGAAUAAUGUAAUUUAGGAAUGUACCUGUAAGCUAUUGUAGUGAAAUGUUUUUAAUAUAUAUCCAUACAGUGUG